AAAGUAACUCCUAGUUUCCACUACUAUGUAUGUUGCUUCACAAAAUGUUUUUAAAACAAGAAGUAGCUCUUUAUAUGUAGAUAUGUAUUCUUGAAUAUAUUAGAUUUAACAAACACUUUUAAACCUAAUUGAUUGAUUUAUAUUACACCACAUCACCAAUAAUAGAGCUAUCAACAUCAAACAGUAAAUAUUUACCCAUGAUCAGUUGAUUGUUCUAUUUGUGUUUCUUGGAUCAUUUUGGUGUUUUUGCUAUGUAUUUGAAUAGGCUAUACAGUGUUAUCAUGGUAUUUAUGUAUUACUAACCACAAACCAGCUUUAAAAACUAUAUAUAAAGCUGUACAUAUAUACUUUCGUUUUUGGAUUAUCUAUAUAAGAAGUAAUUUUUGCAUUUUACAAUAUUUUUUAGAUUCGAAAUGGCGAAGAUGUACCGGAAGUUGGCACUCUGCGGUGGUGAGGGAGGACAAGAAUGGGACGACGAUGUAUAUGAGGGUGUAAGAAAAGUGUAUGUAGGGCAAGAUCUCAACCGUAUCACUUACAUCAAGUUUGAGUACGUGCAGGAAGACGGCGAAGUAGUAACAACUGAAUAUGGGACAACAAAUCAGCACCCUAAAGAGUUUGUAAUUCAAUACCCGGACGAACACAUCAUAGCAGUGGAGGGAAGUUACCACCAAGUGGCUCUCAUUGCCACAGAGGUGAUUACGUCCCUCGUCUUCAAGACCUCAAAGGGUAGAAAGUCUCCAUUGUUUGGUCCAAACUUACUUGGAAUUACGACCGGUACAAAGUUUGUUUUUGAGGAUGAGGGAAAGAAGAUCGUAGGGUUUCAUGGACGGGCAGGUGAUGCUGUCGACGCUCUUGGAGUUUACUUUGUAUUGGAUACCACGCCGUUCCCUCUUUACAAGCUUGAUGCCCAAGGUGGUACAGACGGGCGUGUUUGGGAUGAUGGUUCUUACGAUGGCAUUAAAACGCUGCGUAUUGAUCAAGAUAAUUCUCGUAUCACUUAUUUAGAGGUUGAGUACGAGAAAGACGGGGAAGCAAAAACAUGUAACCAUGGGGGGAAAGGAGAUACACCAUCCGAGUUUGUGCUUGGUUACCCAGAUGAAUACAUCAAAUCGGUGGAAGCAACCUAUCAGAAGCCAAACAUUUUUAGCAAUACGGCAAUUACGUCACUUAAGUUCUUAACAUCAAAGGGGAGAACAUCAUUCUUUGGGUAUAAUGUGGGUAAGAAGUUUGUGUUGGAGCAAAAGGGUCAUAGGCUUGUCGGGUUCCAUGGAAAGGAAGAUGCAGCUAUUGAUGCUCUUGGAGCAUAUUUUGGACCUGUUCCUACUCCUACUCCCUUGAUUCCAUCUAAGAAACUACCAGCGAUAGGCGGCAACGAAGGAGUUACAUGGGAUGAUGGUGUCUACGACGGUGUAAGGAAGAUACUUGUAGGACAAGGUAACGAUGGUGUAUCCUUUGUCAAAUUUGAGUACAGUAAGGGCAAAGACCUUGUACCCGGAGAUGACCAUGGGAAGAAGACAUUACUCGGAGCUGAAGAGUUUGUGCUUGAAGAUGGUGAAUAUCUCAUGAACAUAGAUGGCUACUACGAUAAGAUCUUCGGAGUUGAGGAACCAAUAAUUGUAUGUCUUCAGUUUAAGACCAACAAAAGGGAGUCAAUGCCGUUUGGAAUGGAUUCUGGUAAGAAGUUCUCGCUUGGAGAGGAAGGCCACAAGAUCGUUGGAUUCCAUGGACAAGCUAGUGAUGUUGUUCACAGCAUCGGAGUCACUAUCGUGCCCAUCACCACCACCGAGUGAAAACCAGUUAGUCAUAUAUACUACAUGAAACUUCCAAUAAGAUUGGAGUGUGUGUGUGUGUGUGUUCUCUUUACUAUGUUACUUUUAAUACGUGGUUGUAAGUUCAAGUAACUUACUGUGUGCUAAUAAUUCCAAUAAGAUUGGCUUGUGAUUUCUUGUUAUUUACUGCCAAAAAAUUAAUCUGGUUCUAAAAAUCUACAUGCCUAUUAAUUUCAAUAAAUCCCCUAA